CUUUGUCCUUUUCGACAUUCACUUAAUAAGCUUUAGUAAAUUGGUUGAUGACUAGACUUGCAGUCUCCAUAUUAUUGAUAGUCCCACGCCACUUGCUUUUGUUAAACGCUAUGUGUAUGUGUUGUGUCCCAGGCCCUUGGUAUUAUUAACUUUGGAGAUGAUUUAUUCCUAAUUUUAAUGUUAAACCAUCAUAACACAACAAAAGCUUCAAUUUUGAAAAGGUUGUGGCCCUAGAGAUAUUACCCGAGAGAGAGAGAGAGAGAGAGAGAGAGAGAGAGGAUUAUCCAAAAAGAAAGGGAAAGCGAGAAAACCUAAUGGAUCCGCAGCCGGGGGAUGAUGUGUUGUUAGCGUGUUCUGCCGAAGGAGCUGUGACAGAGAUCGAACCCUCACCCUCACAUCUUCCAACGGCAGCUGUGGCGGCCGAGGAAACCGAAAAGGCAAUACUCUCUUUGUCCGAAGCUGCAGCAAAGAUCGUUCCCUCAGAUCUUCCGGCUUUCCUCGCUGACACAUUGGACAAGCAUUGGCCUAUUCCAAGUAAGCAGAUAUUGAUAUUAGUCGAUUACUAUGGGGAUAAACUUAGCCAAGUAUCAUUCCGAUGGGUCAAGAUGUUCCAGGAGACUUCUUUAUCCACGCUGAUCCACGUUCCGUUUCCUCAAAUUCCUACAUCUGUCUACGAAACAUCAGUUGAUUUUAUCAACAUACUUCCAUUUGAAACAACACUACGUGCCUUUGUACUGUGGGCGUCUGAUCUCAUUCUCACUGAAUGGCCUGGAGUUGUCAAAAUAGAACAAAACAAUUCUAACAAAUCUAAGGUGGCAACAUUUGUUGCAUUAGCCAUGCUGUUGCGUUGUAAACCUGAUGCUUUGACUACUGUUUUGCCACACCUGAGGGAGACACCUACUUAUCAAGGCGAGGACAAGCUUCCUUUUAUUAUUUGGAUGAUGGCUCAGGCCUCCCAAGGUGAUUUAUCUGCUGGCUUGUAUUCAUGGUCACGUAACUUGCUGCCACUAGUCGGUAAUAACAAGUGCUACAGCCCUCAGGCAAUGGAUCUCAUCCUGCAAUUUGUUGAGAUGAUUUUGACGAAUCCAGAGGCUCCGACCAUACUUGUAAACGAAGCUGUUAAGGAGGGAGAGCGGCUGAUUCCACCUUCUUCAUUUGCGAUCUUGGUGCAACAUACAUUUCCUGCUUCAUCCGCUAGAGUAGAGACAACAAAGAGGUUUGAGGCAAUCUAUCCCUUGUUGAAGGAAGUAGCCCUUGCACCAGAGAAGGCGACAGGAAGCGACACAAUGAAGCAGAUAUUCACGUUUUCAUUGAGAUUAGCUGGAGAAGGUGCUGGAAAUCCUGUUCUAGCCAAGGAAGCUAUAGCAAUCGCUAUCCGUUGCGUGAAAAAAAACGUUGGUUGCUUUAAGCACUGGGAUAAUCUCUAUACGGAGAAUAUAAAAGCAAGUGUUGCUCUUCUUAAAAAGCUUGUAGACGACUGGAAGGAUCAUUCCAUCAAACUAUUAUCUUCACCAAGUGAUACUCUCGUUGUCAAGCGUACUAUAUAUAGCUUCAGGGUGAAGAACGAUAAAGCCAUCGCUGAAGGAGUAGCCAAUUGUUUUCUUUACAAAGAAGCUGACAA